AUGAUGUCCGUAAAGAAGACACUGAACCGUGACGGCAACACACCUUUUGCGCCAUGCUGGAUGCAAUAUGAUGAUGAUGAUGAUUGCGCUGAUGGAGUGCCACGUCUCAAAGGUGAUUGCAACUCACAGGUGGUUUACGGCUGCGCUAUCGGCCACGGUGGCGACCGCGGCUCACUUGUGUACAGCGUUGGGAGGACGAUUGACGCCUCGUGCUCUGUUGGGUACCCGUUGGCGCUUAAAAUAUACCCGAUCAGUGUUACGGAAAACGAAAUUGAAUUUAUCCGUGCACUUUUUGCCAACGAUCUCACUGCAUUCAGUCGCUCCGGGGAGAGUUGUGGGGUUUGCCGUCAGGUGCCUUAUUUGGUGCUUCCGUUGGCCAUUGUCACGAUUGGGGGUGUCGAUCGCGGUAUUCUUAUGCCGCAGCACAGCUACAGCCUUAAGCAAUUCCUUUUUGUCACAAGGACCGUGCCUGAAAUUCCUGGCGAAGGAGAAGGUGAGGCGGAGUUUAAGGGAUAUAACAAGGCUUUCACAAAUUCGCUUCGAUCUUUCCGUUCCUUUGACCCUAUUCGUGAUUGCAGGGUCGUCACUGCCAUCGCGUUUCAGCUGGUUGUUGCUAUUAGCCUCCUCAAUGAGGAGUUACCACAUGUGAAGAACGGUAUGUUGUGCCGUGGGUUUACCCACAAUGAUAUUCACUUAGACAAUAUUUUGCUGAACAGACAAUCGGGCUGUGCCGCUCUGUGCGACUUUGAGCUUGUGGGACACAUUUCUCAGGACGGCGAGGGGCUGCCGCCGCCUGCCAUUCAUCGACUACCGCCCUACUGCAGGCAAUCUCCCCAUGGCCUCUUCUGUCUCACAGCUGACACAUGGGCUAUCGGUCUUGUGGUACUGUCACUUUUGACUGGUGUCGAUCCACUCUUUGAUGACGACAAGCUCAUGGAUGACUUUGGCGACGGACCGCUUUUGCAAAGUCACACAAUGUCGGAGGGGACGGUCUCUGUGCUUGACUGGGAGGAAAACAUAAAGGCGCACGUGGAGGCGCUGCUGCUUCGCGAUGAUCCCACAGGCAAACGUUUGGAGGACGCAGCACCGCUCCUGGAUAUGUGCUCAAAGUGCCUUGUCAAUCGCCCCGGGGUCUCGCCGAGCGUCGCUGUGGAGUUGCUGAGCCAGCCGCUCUUCAGUUCCUACGUAAACUCUCCACAGGAAGCGGAGUUCAUACUGAGAGUUUGGGCAGAGAGCCGCUCGGAGGCUUUUUCGGUGAAAGAUGUCCAUGACGGCACCGACAGCCCAUGA